AAAAAACCUAAUAUUAAUCAACCAUUAUUGAAAGCGUUUUUUGAUUAAAUAUAUUUUCCUCAAUCCUGUUGCCCAUGAACCCGGAAGUGAUUAUUCGUAAACAUGGACAUGCUGGAAAUCGUGAUGUGAUUUCAAUAAACGUGGAUAUUUACCGCAAUUAUAGUAGGAUUUUGAAACUAUGGCAGUCCCAACGUGUAUUAGAUUUUUCUACUUGACAAUUUGUGCAAUUCAAAUAGUAUGGAGUCAAGCUUUGGACACUGACCCUUAUUUCCCAAACUCUCCCCAUGCAGCUGUUCAAUUUGGUCCAAAAACAAAAGAGGAAAUCCAGUCAGAGAGCGAUAAUAAAUCAGAGGAACCUCUAUGGCCAGAUGGAGUUGGACCAAAAAGUAAAUGGGGUAUGGCACAAGAGAUUUUAGAUGAGGGUCGGGACCCAAAUACUCUACCCUCAACUGUUCGUAAAUUUGACAAGCCACUCAUAUUGUGGUGGUAUCCUGGCCUAUUUCCACAUCAGGACUAUACGACAAUUGAGUGUAGUGUUGGACAGUGUCGUACUACUAAUAAUAGACAUCAUUUGCAAGACCCUAAAACAAGAGGAGUCAUUUUGUAUGGUACUGAUUUUGCCAUCGAAGACCUUCCAUUACCAAGGUUACCACAACACGAAUGGGCCCUUAUACAUGAGGAAUCACCUAUGAAUAAUCAUAUGUUAACCCAUUACCCAUUGCUCAGGCAAUUCAACCAUACUGCAACAUUCCGAAGAGAAUCUGAUUUUCCGUUAACCAGUCAGAACAUUUAUUCCUUAGAUUAUCUCACUGAGAAACAACCUGUGCCAACUGACAUUAAAAAUGCCUUAAAAGCAAAAGAUGACCUUGCACCAAUAGUUUACAUUGCAUCUCAUUGUGAUAUUUCAUCAGAUCGUGAUAGAUAUGUGUUAGAACUUAUGAACCACAUUGAUGUUGAUUCUAUUGGAUCUUGUAUACACAACAAGGAUAUUCCACUCCAGUGGAGGGAUCCUGUAGAAUCCAUGGAAGCAGAUCUAUUUUUGAAACACAUUGCUUCAUAUAAAUUCCACUUAGCAUUUGAAAAUGCCAUAUGUGAUGACUAUAUGACCGAGAAGUUGUAUAGGUCACUACAUGUGGGCUCUGUGCCCAUAUAUAGAGGCUCACAAUUGGCGAAGGAUUAUAUGCCUAAUAACCACUCAAUAAUUAUGGCAGAUGAUUUCGCUUCCCCCAAAGAUCUCGCAGAAUUCAUUAAAAAACUAGACAGUGAUGAUGCAGCAUAUGAAACAUAUCUAGAGUACAAGACAAAAGGCAUUACCAAUCAGUAUAUGAAGAAUGAUGUGAAAAAUAGAAAAUGGGAAAAGUUUGGUGCAAAUGAGAAAUCUAUGUUUUCUUCAUUCGAGUGCCAUGUUUGUGAUAAAUUGGUUGAACGAAUGGCAGAGGAGGCAGAGCACAAAGAAGACCCCUCGUACCCAGCUCCCAAGCCUCAUUUUGCAGAGUCGUCACAUUUGUCUUGCCCUCAACCUUAUACAUCUAUUGGAAAUCCAGAUGACUAUGAAGAAGAUGUUGAUCCUUGGAUGAAGAUGGGAUGGAUUGAGGAUUACUGGAAUGGGCUCGAUAAAGCCCUGGCAAUACGGGACAUGCUAGAUGCCAAGGAAAAAGAUCCUACCACAUAUCACAAAUACUGGGAAAAAGUACUUGAUAGGCAGUCAAACAGAAAAAUUGAACUCUAAAUCAAUUUCUCUUGAAGAAUACUCAUUCAAUAUACUGUAGGCUACUCCUGGUAUUGCUCGCGUGUGUUUUAAUUUCACUUUGUUCACAAUCGCAAACAUUUAUCAUCAUGAAAUGUUUCUUUUAAAUCCCGGGAAUUUGUUAAAUUAGUAUUUACCUGGGAUUAUAUUUCAUUUAUUUAUAUGAAUAUUAUCGUCAAGUGUUGUUGGGCGAUAAUUUGAAAAAAAUCUAAAAUAUCUAUUAUUUUGAGUUGGCUUAUUGGGCCAUUACUCAAAUCUGCAAAAUUAAAUAGCCGUGAAACUGCAAU